CCUACCAGACAUUACUCCAAUAAUGGACGUUAUAUCACCUUUGGCUACAGACUUUAUGGAUCUUCCGUUAGUGUCUCUGGAACCAAGUGGUCUGUUUGAACUUCACUUCAUGAAUGGAACUUAUUGCACUAUCGGCUACCCAUCUACCAAUGAUCUCCGAUCACCAACAUCCAUUUUGGACUGGUCAUGCGUGAUGCCUUUCCCACAUGCAGUGCCCUAGCAACAUGUCUUGCGAUGACUGACCAUGCUCCGCUCUGCCAUGAUGACCAAAGUCAGCAGAACUCCUUCCCAAACACUAUCGGAUAUGGAACCACUUUUUUGGCAUAGCUGUAUCCACUCGAUCAUACAUGCAUUUUAAAGAGUUAUCGGUCCCUGACAAUAUUCAAAUUUAUCUUCUACCACUAGACCCCCUGCGUCCCGUUAUAUAAAAGUUUCUCGUAUAGUAACUUGACCAUCCAAUGGUAACUUUCAUGCAAUGCUUUUGAUUGGCCGCUCAGCACCUUUACCAAUCAUUGCAGUUACCACUGGAUGACCGGGGUACUACAAGAGUAUAGUCCAUGUAAGGGAACUGUGCUCUUUGUCGUUUAUCCAGAUUUACAUUGCACGACGCACCCUUUUCUAUUGUAAAAUUUAUAUUACCACAAAGGCACUUGCGUAAAUCAUUCCAGUAUUACAUAAAAAAAGAGAAUCACCAUAAUCGUCAUCAUCAGCAGCAUCAGCAACGGAACCACUACCAUGAUCACCAUUGCCAUUUUUCAUCCUGUUAACAUGUUGUCCUCAUCAAGUAACCAAUGCGUAAUAUAAAGAUAUUGUCUAUUCUAUAUCACUACUCAAUGACGUGUUAUCCUAAAUGAUGUCAAACUUUUCUUGUUUCUUGUCUUCAUCAGCUACCCGGAGACGCCUUGGAGUUUCUAUUCCAUUAGCAGUUGGGCUGACUCUGGUUGCGUUUGGCCUAGGAGUGGCGGUGGUGUGCGCCUAUCACAAAAAGAAGAGAUCUACGGCGAACACCCCGACCUCCGACACCCGACCACCUUUAGGGAUGUGCAACAAUCCUAUGAAUCAUGAGAAACGAGACAUGAACCUAAACACACGUCAAGGAUCAUCUGCUGUUGCACAAACAGGACCAUUGGAACCGGGUCUAAAGAACCACUAUUAUGAGAUAGGAGAAAGCGAGUACAAUCUGUUGUUUAGUACCCCCGGACCGCAUGUGUACCAGGAAAUAUCGAAGAACCCACGCGGGAACAGCAAGAGGAGCAGGUCUACCGCCAGUUGUGACGGAAGCAAGAGGACCUUGAGCGCCGAACUUGAUGUCGAGUUUUGUGAACUUACGAACAUGAUUGAUAACAUGCUACACCCAGUCUCUAAGUCGCAUAGGUCACUCGGUGCAGGUAGUGUCGAUGGGAGAGGUUCCCAUCAAACGAGUGCUGGGCAACGCUCCAGAGCAAACACGGUUGACAUCCCACGCGUUCGCCAUGCUUUUGUCACACCAGCACAGAAACCAAACACUGUCUCAAGACCUCAGAUGCCGGUUCGGAAGUAUGCAAUAGGUAAAUUUGGUGUAAAUCCAGUGAACAUGAAAGGGGCUAGAAGUGUGGGCUCGAUACCUAUAUUUCUGGAAACCGAUAUUAGAAACGCUAACUGUAGCCAAUCAAAUCCUGGUAUUGGCCCUACGUACCAGCCCCUAAGGUCUACUGCAUCAAAAGCACACUUGGCCCCAAAUAUCCUGAAUAACAAUGAACAGGCUGGGUAUUAUGUUUUGGAAAGAGGGCCCCCUGGGACUAUUUCUUCUGCAGACUUAACACAGCCGGAAUAUUUUGUUCUGGAAAGUCAGUCUCCUGGAGUCGUAUCUCCUGUAGGCUCAUUGGUACUUUCUGACGGUGAAGGUUGGGAGAUUGUUGACAUUGUGCAUUCACUACCAGAGCAGCGUCGUCGGGCAAAUACGAGUGAUCAACCUCGCAAGCUGUCGGGGCAUUACACUGCAUUGAGAUCCACAAGUUUAUUGGCCACUCCCCAGGCUUCGCGGAAUCUAGGAGUACUGGACAAGCGCCUUGCGAAAAGUAAUCCUAACCUGAAUGCAGUCGGCGUCCAGCUGUGGAAUAACCUUCGUAAAAGCUCAGAAUCCUUGACGAAAACAUCUCCUGGAUAUGGAAAUGGACUUCGUUCGUUUGUCUCAGAUGCUUUUAUUGAGGAAGAUGAAAAAGAAGAAAAAUCCACUUACCAGCGACUCAGUAGACCUGCAUCUUUGGUAAAUUCCACACAAACUUCUAAUCCUAAAAAAGAAAAUACACAGGCGCCACAAUCAUCGCAGUAUGAAACGCUUUGGAAGAACCAAACGCAAGUAAGGCCAGUUAUGGAAAAGGAAUCCAUAGCCAUUAGAAGUUCCCAUCUUAUUAAUGGGGAUAUGGAAGAUGAUGGUGAAUACAAUGAGAUAGACAGUACCGAACAGACAUACCAACCUCUUAGUCGACCUGCGUCUUUGGAAAACCUAACAUCUGGAUGGACUCCUGCAGAUGAAAUCACCUCGCCUCCUUUACCUAGUACACAGUACGAAAUGAAUAGGAAGAGUGUCCAGAUACGGCCUACUGUUGACGUGGUCCUCGGGAGGGAGCUUACGACUGUCGGGAGUUUCCAGCUUGUUUCUCCCGCGAGGCGCUCUGAUAAAAUGGCAAGUGCCACCAUUCAGAGACCCCAGACCGACGAUAGUGAUUACGAUGAACUGGACAUGGAAAACGGCGCAGAUGCAACGACUGAAACAAACCUAAGCAAUCUAUACAUUGACAUUUUGGACGAAACCCAAGACGUUCCCACUCAGAUGGGAUUGGAACAUACUGCGGGAAACAAGAGUUCUGGUGACAAGAAACUACAUAAGCCGCAUCAUCUUUCAAAAUCAUCAGGCACCAGAAACAACAAAGAGACAGCAAGUUCCAUUGGAAAAGUCGAUGAUGGUCCUAGCCAACCUACAGGGGGCGCCACGUUGGAUAGAGAUUCAAAGAAUCGUCUUUCAACAACGUCAGGGGUAUAUUCAUCAAUAGAUCUGGAGGGAAAUGGAGACGAUCUGACUAACGGGGAAGGAAUUUACAGUGCAAUCAGUGGCGAGAGCAGCGAUGAAGAUGACGAUAUCCAUGAGUACAUCAGUGUUGACGAUGUGUGUCCAAGAUAGUUCCAAUCAACCCUUGAUCCUUUAUCUCUCAUACGGUUCAAAUAUGUAUGAUAGACAACCUUUGUACACAAAUAUCAGAAACUUUACUUUGAUAUCUGACAACGAAACGUUUCGACGGGAUAUACUUAUCAUCAUCGUCGUCGUCGUCGUCCGGCUGUGGAAUGAAACUGAUGAAAUAUUGAGACUUAAUUCUGUCUUGUACACUGGUAUGAUCAUGCUCAACAUGCUCAAGAGACCUAAACCAUACUUACUUUAUAUUUAUUACUCCUUGUUUAUGCCAAGCUUAUCCAGACCUAAGCUAAA